AUGCUGCUCAUUUGGACACUCUCUCUGCUACUGGGCACAGUGGCAGGAAGUGAAGUCUGCUAUUCAAGAGUGGGAUGCUUUACAGAUGAUGAGCCAUGGGGUGGCACUGCACAAAGACCUUUAAAAGUGCUCCCCUCGUCUCCAGAAGACAUCAACACCCGUUUCCUUCUGUAUACCAAUGAAAACCCAAACAACUAUCAGGUAAGUACUGAAAUUCUUCCAGAUAAUGUGGCAGCUGUCAAGAAUUCUAAUUUCAACACGAAUAGAAUAACUCGCUUUAUUGUUCACGGCUUCACAGACAAAGGGGAAGGAGACUGGCUGACAAACAUGUGCGCGAAUUUGCUUGAAGUGGAAGAGGUGAACUGCAUCUCUGUGGACUGGGAAAAGGGUUCACAGACUUUAUAUGCCAAAGCCACACAAAAUGUUCGAGUAGUAGGGGCUGAAAUAGCCUAUUUUGUGGAUUAUCUCAAGAACGAGUUGGGUUACUCUCCUUCCAAUGUCCACGUCAUUGGUCACAGUCUGGGAUCCCAUAUUGCUGGAGAGGCUGGGAAAAGAUCAAAUGGUCUCCUUGGACGAAUCACAGGAUUGGAUCCUGCCGAGCCUUGCUUUCAAGACACCCCAGAAGAAGUUCGAUUGGAUCCCAGUGAUGCCUUGUUUGUUGAUGUCAUUCACACAGAUGCUGCUCCUAUCAUCCCUAACAUGGGUUUUGGAAUGAGUCAAAUUGUGGGACACCUCGAUUUCUUCCCAAAUGGAGGAGAGGAAAUGCCUGGAUGUCAGAAGAAUAUCCUUUCUCAGAUUGUAGAUGUAAAUGGAAUCUGGGAAGGAAUUGUUGAUUUUAUAGCAUGUAAUCACCUGCGAAGUCUCAACUAUUAUUCAGAUAGCAUCCUCAACCCAGAUGGUUUUUCGGGAUAUUCCUGUGCUUCCUACGAUGAUUUUGAGGCAAACAAGUGCUUCCCUUGUCCAUCUGGAGGGUGUCCCCAGAUGGGCCACUAUGCGGACAGAUUUGCUGGUAAAACAGCAGCAGUGGGACAGGUCUUUUAUCUCAACACUGGGGACACCAGUAAUUUUGCUCGUUGGAGGUAUAAGGUAACUGUCACAUUGUCUGGAACCAAGGUUACUGGAAAAAUACUAGUAUCUUUGUUUGGAAGUAAUGGAAACAGCAGGCAAUAUGAAAUUUACAGUGGGAGUCUACAACCAGAUGCUACACACAGUAAUGAGAUUGAUUCAGAUUUUGAUGUUGGACCCCUUGAAAAAGUUAAAUUUCUUUGGGACAGCAGUGGGAUCAAUCUAACCCAGCCCACACUAGGAGCAUCCACAAUCACUGUACAAACUUCAGAUGGACAAACGUACAAGUUCUGUAGCAGUGAUACUGUAAAAGAAGAAGUUCUACUAACUCUCAAUGCUUGCUAA